CGGUCGUACAAUUCUGUGAUGUUUUCCUGAAUUUGUCUUUAAUUUAAAGAUUUCUAGUACAUUCUUACAAACAUGGGGAAAGUAGGAGCAAUAUUAUGGACGAUAUUUGCAAUUUUUGUCACCAUAAUUCUUAUAAUACUUCUAUAUUAUCUGUUAUCAGGUGAAGGAUACAGGUUUGAUUUUGGAUGGUUUCUUGUUUCAAUAUCACCAUACAUGUGGGCAAGUGUUGGUGUUGGUCUUUCCAUUUCACUCUCAGUUGUAGGAGCUGCAUGGGGAAUCUUCACCACAGGUGCCAGUAUUCUUGGAGCAGGUGUAAAAGCACCAAGGAUUAGAACUAAAAAUCUUAUCAGUAUCAUUUUCUGUGAAGCAGUUGCCAUCUAUGGUAUCAUUAUGGCCAUAGUAAUCAGUGGUAUGAUUGAUGAGUAUACAAAUACUGAUAUGGCAACUAUCAAACGAAAUUACUUUGCCGGUUACUGUUUGUUUGGAGCUGGCCUUACAGUUGGAUUUUCCAAUUUAUAUUGUGGUAUCUGCACAUCACAUGCCCAGAUGGGAGACGUCGCCUCUUAG